AUGGACCUGCUUCAGAAUCUCCUUGUAGUAUCCUCCUACAUGGAUAGCUUCAUCAGCAUAGGAAUUGUCUGCCAGAGGGCAGGAGUAUGCCAUAGCAUAGCAGCAGGCUUUGUGGGGCCACUACUCACACUCCCACUCUCAUACCUCUUCUCAAGCAUGCUGCUGCUGCUCUUCCAGCCUCCAAAUAGGGCCUUGACUUCUGAGGAGAGCCUGGCAGACUGUCACUCGAAUGGGAUGAUGGGGCUGGUAUGGUGGAUCAGCAGGGACACCUUCAUGGUGUUGCACUGGCUUGAGGAGUGGGAUAGGGUCAUUGGUUGCUCUGAUCCAGUCCCAGACAGCUUGUCUGUGCUGGUCUUCAGUAGUGGGGGAAGCGGGCAGGUAAUUCUUGGGUCUGUCUCCCCCAAGAAGGAGGCCAAGGCUUGGUACCUACUCCAUGUGUCGAGUGGUCCAUAG